AUGCAGAUGCAGAUGCAGAUGCCGAUGCAGAUUGAUGAGCCCGGCAACGACUGGCAAGUCAGGGACAGUUCGACUUUCGGUUUCGACUACUUUUCGACCAUCAACGUUAAGAAGGGCCUGCUGGGCCGUAUGACCACAAGUCUGACCUCGUACCGCCGCAGCAAGCAGAAGAGCAAGUCCAACAAUGACAUACACACCAUCAUCUCCACGGAAGUGAACUGCGUCACGACUGCCAUACUCAACACAGCGAACGCACACAGCUCCAACCAAAGUCCGGGCCAGAAGCACAGCGGCCAUCUGGAGGACAGCAAGCUCGCCGAGAAUCUGAGCAGUCUCAGCGAGCGCAUGAUGGAGGCGCACCAGCGCAAGGUCUCCGGCAACGGCGACUCCAAUGACGACGAGGCCACGCCCAUGCUUGUGGCAGGCGCCGGCCAGGGUCGCAAGGAGCAGAACAAUCGACGCAGCGUCGUGAGCGCUAAUACGCAAAUGGACAAUGAUGUCACGCCCGUUUAUCUGGCCGCCCAGGAGGGGCAUUUGGAGGUGCUCAAGUUUCUGGUGCUUGAAGCUGGCGGCUCGCUCUAUGUGCGCGCACGCGACGGAAUGGCACCGAUCCAUGCCGCUUCACAAAUGGGCUGCUUGGAUUGCCUCAAAUGGAUGGUCCAGGAUCAGGGCGUGGAUCCGAAUUUGCGCGAUGGUGACGGUGCCACGCCACUGCAUUUCGCCGCCUCGCGUGGCCAUCUGUCGGUGGUGCGGUGGCUGCUCAACCACGGCGCCAAAUUGUCGCUGGACAAAUAUGGCAAAUCGCCGAUCAACGAUGCGGCCGAGAAUCAGCAGGUGGAGGUGAGUAGCGACGCUAGCUGCCACUCCGAUGUGGAGCCCUUCUACUUGCAUCCGCCAGCAGUGACGGCGGCAGCUGCCGCAGCAGGCGUCGGUCUGGGCGUCGGCAUCACGCGCAAGAACAGCGACGCCUUGUACUCGCAGCAGUCGCGCAGCUCCUCGGAGAAGCUCUACGGCUGCAAUGGGGCAGCGGGCGGGGCUGGUGGUGCUGGCGGCAGCUCGAGCGGCGGCGGCGGCGGCGGCGGCGGCGGCGCACUGCUGCCCAACGAUGGGCUCUAUGUGAACCCGAUGCGCAAUGGGGGCAUGUAUGCCACGCCCUCGCCGAACGGCAGCAUCUCGGGCGAGUCGUUCUUCCUGCACGAUCCGCAGGAGAUCAUCUACAAUCGGGUGCGCGAUCUGUUCGUCGACUCGGACUGCAGCAGCGUAAAGCAGCACCAGAUGCCGCAUCCGUUGCACUCGUUACAAUCGAAGGGCGGCAAUGCGAUCAUGACCAUCCAGGCCGAUGUCCACUCCAGCUCGAGUGGCGCCGGCAGCGGCUCCGACGAUGGCUCCCAUUCGCGUUCGGCCAGCGCCAGCUCUACGCGCAGCACCGAUGUUGUGCUGCAGUACAGCAAUCAUGUGAGUAGCGAUUAG